GAGUCCUCGAAUCGAGUCGAGUCGAGUCGAGUCGAGAGAUGGGCUUACACUGUAAUAGUUGGAGACAAUCCAAUCCGAAGGCGCAGGACCUUUCUUCCGAGUCGAGUCAACGUUCCGGACCAGUUUGGCUUCUACUAGGCCGAUUAAUCCCUAGCUAGAUUGAAUGAUGCAUCUUCUUUCCUGCGGCCGCGUUGCGCCUAAAUUUCUACCUUCAGCCCCUCAAGACAUAGCAUUCGGCUAUUGUACGACUGGAAUUGCCGGCCGAACAUUUUUCGCACUCGACCUUCUGCGUAUGUAGCUUGCUUGCAUAGACCUUCGGAUUGCAUAGAGAAUCCAUUCUACCAAACGCACUCCUCACAAACUAAACCAACCAAAACCAAAACCAAAACCAAAACCAACCAAAACCAACAACAUGAUUUCAACCAACACCUUAAUGAAGACAGCACUUGCAUCUUUUUGUUGCGGUGCUGCUCUUGUUGCCUUUUCUUGGGGAUAUCAACAAGGCACCACCACUCUAGAACUUGUUGCAAAAGAUCCAAAUGCCUGUCUUUAUGUUCCAGGAGCAGGAUUUUCUGGGUUCUUUUAUACCAUUGGACAUCUUCAAGCUGCAUCAACCCUCAAGGAGCCUACUGUAUCUACAAGAAUUGUAGAGCCUUGGAAAGACAACACUGACUACUAUUGCUUCUCUGCUGGAUGCCUGGCCACAGUGGCUGCUCUGAGCAACAUUACUGUGUUUGAUGUUCAUGAUACAGCAUUUGCCAUUCAAGACCUUUGGAAAAGUGGGGAGAUUUCGCAGUUUCAGGUAGUGGAAGAGUUUGUAGAUUAUCUGAUUGCCAAAGGUUCUGAAGAAGGCACCUUGAAUGCUGAAUCAUUGGCAAAGAUUCAUGUCAUUACCUCCAAAGUUUCGCCUUCUAAAGAUAGUUGGCUGGCAGCACCCAAGCUGGAUACCAUUGUGCGAACCCCACAAAAUCUAGAAGAGCUCAAGGAAACGCUGCUGCAAACCACUUGGAUACCAGGAGCAACGGGGGAUGAUUGGACACUGGAUGGCCAUCUGGAUGGUGCCUUUACUUCCAGCAAUCAUCCAAUGUGUCAAAGUUCUGUAGAUCUUCCCAAACUGUCCUUGACAUCAUGGGACAGUCUGGAGUUCUAUGCCAAUAUCCUGUUGGGUGUCAACAUGGGCCAAGAGCAAAUAGAGCGAUUCUGGUCUGCAGGAGUGAAACGAGGCCUUCAGGUGACUGAUGUGGAUACAGGUGCACAGCCUUAGAGACCUGGCUCACCUAGCUAGCUAGAGUAAAGAAUUGCAAGAUUACCCCAAAGAAUCUUCGUUUGCAGAAUCUGAUGCCGUGGCUUCUUGGUUGGCUGUUUUCUGAUUUAGCCGUUCGGCUGGCUUGAUCUCUAUUAAUGCCUCAUUUAUUGCUUUGAGUACCGAUGCAACAGUUAAUGCUUUCUAAAAGUGUGAGAUCUUUGGAUCCUUGGAACCGACAAUGAGCAUUUCUGCGCGGUGGCUGUUUUAUAAUAGUAGACAACCUAAU